AUGAGGGCUCCCUCUUGACAUCUGACACUGACGUAGUGACGUGCGAAUCGUGCGAUUUGUGCAUUUGUGCGGCCAUUAAAAACUUCUCAACUGAACAACAUCCUCGACAACAUCCUUUCUUCCUGGUCCUUUCGCUAGUAUUUACCGGCGUCAGUUAUAAAUCACGUGAAUUUCUCUUAAUAUAUUUAUCAUCUCUCCUUAAAAAUGGCUGACGAAUACUUUUUCGCGAUGACGCUCAAGGGUAAAAAUAGUGAAGUAUGGGACCCAGAAGCCAAAGGUGCAGAGGAUUACCAAGGUGGACAUAAACUGAUAAUCAAACAAGCCUUGUUAGGUCCAGAAGCUACCGAUGGAGAAUUGAAUGUUGUACAGGUGGAAGCCAUGACAUGGAAAGACUCUGUGAAAAUUCCAGUGGCUACACUUAAGGCAGGAGGGUCAAACAACCAAGUGUUACUUGACUUGUCAUUCCCGGAUCCUCCUGUUACAUUCUCCCUAAUACAAGGUAAUGGCCCAGUGCACAUUAUUGGGCAUCACUUAAUUGGUACACCAAUGGAUGAAUUUGAGGAAAUGGACGAACUUGAAGAAGAAAUGUUGGAUGAUGAGGAAGGAGAAGAGGGGGCUGAGGAAGAGGAUGAGGAAGAGGAACCAAAAACCAAAAAAGUUAAAACAGCAACUAAUAAUAAGGGAAAAACGCCGGUGAAAAAUAAAGCGGCUGUAAAAAAUAAGUAGGAUCAUAACAUCCCCAUAUUGGGGAAUACUUAUUUUUUUGGUCAUUUUGGUAAUGUUUUCCAUAGACUACUAAAUACGGAUAGAUAGGACACUUUAAGGAUAUUCUGUGAAUACAUGUUUGCGCGCCCUCUGGCGGUUUGGGGUGAAGUAUUUUUGAAACUGGCGGCAAAUUCAAAUUGAUAUAAAGUGGUAAUUUCAAUUUAAUUUCAAAUUCAAUUGAAAUUUUAGAUGCCAAAAAUUCAUACGAUGUUCUGAACAUAUUCAAAACAUCCUAUGACAUAUAGGGCAUCGAAAUUAAGAGAACUGAAAAAAAAAGGGAAAACCAAAUAAUUUUGAAAUAAUUAUUAAUAAUAUAUUUUAUUUACAACAAACUCACUUGACAAUAACAAAACCAAAAGUUUCAUUAAAUUCAUGUCUAACAAUCCAUUCAGAACCUAAAACAGUCAAACUUUUCACCCCAAAAAUAUCAAUUUUCAGUCCUGUUUGAAAUAUAAAAAAUGUACUACCUACUUGUUUUUUUUUAUUGUUUUUUGGUAUUUUUGUCCGCAAAUUUUAAAAAUGGGUGAUGCUAUUUCAGGAAUUUUCCUUUUGUCAUCGCCAUUCAGAAUCCUAUUCAACUGAGCGAGGAAAUUAUGUCCUACAGUCUUUAAAAAUUUUUGGAAAACAACUUCCUUUAUUUCAGUAUUGUGUUCGCACUGGGUGAAAUUGAUUUCCUUCUUCAAAAUUCUCAAAAUGUAGACGAAUAUGUUUCUUGUGAAGGUUUCUGUUCAGAAUAUAUUUUAUAAUAUUCAA